AUGGCGCCCAUCUCCAUCUCCAAAGGAGCCGCCAAGUCGAAUACCGAAUAUACCAAUCAACUAGCCGACAAAGACCUCGAAACCAUCGGCCGUCACUGCCAGUUCGAAUUCUGCGGCCAACUCGACUUCCUCCCCUUCCGCUGCGGCUCCUGUGAGGGCACAUUUUGCCUAGAUCAUCGCAGUGAAACAGCACACAAAUGCCCCCGAGCAGGAGAAUGGGCACGACGGAGGGCAGGCACCGACAAAGUAGAGAGCAGCACACCGAUCGAGAAACCGAAUAUCUACAAUUCGGACCAAUGCGCGCACUUGUCGUGCAAGACGCUUAUUAAUACAUUGAAGGACCCUGGCGUGCAGUGUCCCAACUGUAAUAGGCAGUAUUGUUUGAAGCACAGGUUGAAGGAAGAGCAUGACUGUGCGAAGAUGACGCCGUUGGGUGCCCGGCCGGCUGGAGCUGGAGCCUCUGCGAACGAGACGUUACGGUCUAUGUUUUCGCGAGUGAGAACUUGGAGCAAGGAGAAAAGUCAGGCGGCUACGACAACGACAACGACAACAAAAUCGAGACCGAGUGGCCCUGCAGCGCUGAAUACAAUGAAACGCACCGCGAAGGGGGACGCUGGCGUCCCCACAGAGAGACGUUUAUAUCUACACGUUGUGGGGACCUGUGAUACGGAAAAGAACGAGCCACCUGCUGCCGAUCUCUAUUUCGACACUAGGUGGAAGGUUGGACGGGUACUGGACGACGCCGCAAAGCGGUUACAUGUCAAGAACGACAAUAAUCGCGUUGGUGAAGAGGGGCGGUUGCGCAUCUUCCACGUCGAAUCGGGAGAUUUCCUCGAAUUUUCGGAGACUGUCGGCGGAGGAAAGGUCAAACAGGGGCAUACCAUUGUCAUGUUGAGAGGAGCGGGUGUUAUGCUAGGAAAGUAG